AUGGCUUGGAUUAGUCGAAUCAACGAUGGCGUGGCCAAUAGCCGCGUAGGCCAUUGGUUCCAAUUGGAGGGGUCUGGCCAUCCUCGCGAGCGACCUGGCUCCCGUUUCACCACUGAGCUACGAGCCGGUAUCAUCUCUUUCUUCGCAAUGGCGUAUAUCCUGGCUGUCAACUCCAGCAUCGUUGCCGACAGCGGUGGCACUUGUGUCUGUGACUCAACGCCCGACGAUCCCAUCUGCGCCGUCAACUCAGACUAUCUUCUUUGCAAAAAUGAGGUCAAACGUGACCUAGUCACUGCCACUGCUGCUAUCUCUGCCCUGGCCACUUUCUUCCUCGGUGCUCUCGCCAAUAUGCCCGUCGGUAUCAGCUGUGGAAUGGGCUUGAAUGCUUACCUCGCGUAUGAUGUUAUCGGCUUUCAUGGUUCUGGAUCUGUUCCUUACGAGGUGGCCAUGACGGCCAUCUUUGUUGAGGGUCUCAUCUUUUUCGGCCUUACAAUUCUUGGUCUCCGACAAUGGCUCGCUAGAGCCAUCCCACGCUCAAUCAAGCUGGCCACUGGCGCUGGUAUUGGUCUCUUUCUGACACUCAUCGGACUCACAUACAGUGAAGGUAUUGGCCUGAUCACUGGUGCCGUGUCAACACCCCUUGAACUUGCCGGAUGUUCUCCUGCGGACAAGUUGGAAGAUGGCACCUGUCCUGGCUCGCAUAAGAUGCAGAACCCAACUCUUUGGCUCGGCAUCUUCUGUGGUGGUAUAUUGACGGUAGUUCUCACCAUGUUCCGCGUUAAGGGCGCUAUCCUGAUUGGCAUUCUCUUGGUCUCAAUCUGCUCUUGGCCUCGAGGAACCUCUAUCACGGCGUUCCCUGAUACCCCGGUUGGCGAUGACGCUUUCAAUUACUUCAAGAAGGUGGUGAACUUUCAUCCUAUUACGAGAAUCCUUGCUGUCCAAAAGUGGGACAUUGGAGCAUACAGUGGCCAAUUUGGUCGCGCUCUGAUUACAUUCCUCUACGUGGAUAUUCUUGACUGCACGGGCACACUCUACUCUAUGGCCCGGUUCUCUAAUCUGAUAGAUGAACAUACUCAGGAUUUCGAAGGCUCUGCCACAGCUUACCUCGUUGAUUCUAUCAGCAUCUCUAUCGGUGCUCUCUUUGGCACAUCACCUGUCACGGCAUUCAUUGAGAGUGGAGCUGGUAUUGGUGAAGGAGGACGAACAGGAAUCACAGCUAUGAUGACAGGCUUUUGUUUCUUCAUCUCGCUGUUCUUCGCCCCCAUCUUUGCCUCUAUACCACCUUGGGCAACAGGAUGUGUCUUGAUACUUAUUGGCUCCAUGAUGAUGCGAGCCGUGGUUGAUAUCAACUGGCGAUAUAUGGGCGACGCUGUCCCUGCAUUCCUGACUAUUGCCGUCAUGCCGUUUACCUAUUCUAUUGCCGAUGGCCUUAUUGCCGGUAUUUGCAGCUACAUUCUCAUCCAGGGUCUUGUAUGGGCUGUGGAGACGGCUUCCAUGGGCAAUCUUACUGCUGUCAACAAGAAGGACAAGGACCCUUGGACGUGGCGUAUCCCUGGAGGUAUCCUACCGGGAUGGGUCAAACGUUUGUUCCAGGGCAAGAAGGACUUUUGGCGCCCAUAUGCGGAUGAAACCAUCGAUGCUAAUCCUGGUGAGGCUCUACCACAUGUGGUGACAGAGAUUGUCUCGGGUAAUAGACAAGGAGUCAAUGGGAGCUGGUUGACAACAAUAAGGAUAUGCUUCCUUUGA